UCGUCGCUCUUGUGGAAAACCAAAAGGGAAAAGAAAAAGGAAACCCACUUCUUCUCCAGUCCACCUCCUGCUGCGAGAGCACGACGGAGACACAACCGAAGCAAAGCUUGCUUCUCCCCGCAGCAAUACAGCGCAAGACAACGAAUCCAAAAGGGAAGGGAAUAGCCGAGACGGAGAGCAAGAGGAACAGCGAGAGGAGCGCGGGGUGGUAGGACGGAGGCGGAGGAGAAAGUGGUGAAACCCUAGAAUUCCCACCCAUCCCCACGGUGAGGGUCCACUGGGGCUGCGCUCGGAUCUGCCUCGACGCUCGCGCUUGCGGCGGGGGAGAUCGGAGGACGACGACGCUGCUUGGGCUAUGGUUUGGACCUGAUGUCUGAGAAGGAGCAUAGAAGCACUUGCAGAGAUUAAGAAGCCAUAAAAGAUGCCACAUUCACCCUCAAGGAGGAGAUCUCCUUCAAGGGAAUCUGCUCACAGGAGGGUCAACGAUUUCGGGAAUGCACUGCCUGCUAAACCAAAGGAUGAUGAGCUCACAUUAUUCGCUGAUAUGCAGAAAACUGAGAUUGAGAACUUCUUACUGGAACCAUCCGAGGAUUUUGAUGAAUCCAUCUCAAAAUUGAGCUUUUUCCCAGAUGUUAAGCUUGGUAUCAAUGUCCCAGCACGAGGGGAAAGCCAUGAUUUGCUUAAGGUGGAUGGUGAUAAAAACGAUUAUGAGUGGCUGUUGACUCCUCCAGAGACUCCACUUUUCCGUUCGUUAGAUGACGAAGAAGACCGAUCUGUUGGCCAGGCUUCCAGGGGUAGAGCUCAGAGUAAGGCCAUGCAAAUCUCGAGGCCAUCCACGAUGGAUAAUGCUCAAAGGUCUAGCAGAAGCAGUGCAAGCCCAAAUAGGCUUAGCCUGUCACCACGCUCUAUGGCAAGGACAAAAUCGCCUAUUUCAGCUUCUCGUGCUAGCCCACCACUUUCUGUUCAACCACCAACGCCAUCCCGAAGACCUUCAACUCCUCCAGCUGCUAAGAUAUUGACACUUCCACAAAGGUCUGCAAGUCCAGUCUCUAGAAGGAUGAGUACUGGUUCAAGUGGCUCAGCAUUAAAUGGAACAAGGGGAGCCUCUCCAGUUAAAGCUAAUCACAGAUCUUCUUCCCCAAAACCUCAAGGAUGGCAGUCCAAUGAUCCUGCUUUCUCUUAUAAUGCACCUCCAAACCUUCGUACAUCUCUACCAGAUCGUUCGGUAUCCCGUUCAAGGGGUGGAUCCCCUACAUCUUUCAGUGGACUAGAUACAGGUUCAAGAGGUCGAAGGCAAUCAAUGUCUCCUACUCCAACUAGAAGAGCCAGUUCAUCACAUAGCAUUGAACGAGAUCGAUUGAGCACACACAGCAAAGCUUCUGCAACAUCGUCUGGUGAUGAUGAUCUGGACUCAAUGCAGUCUAUAUCUAUUGGCUAUUCCAGCAGCCCAGCUGUAAAAAAGAGCUUGGCAGUGAUGAAGACGAGAAGUAUUGCAUCAUCAAAGAAGCUGUCCAAGAAUUUUUCCCCUAUCUCAGCCCCAAAAUGGUCAUUUGAUUCUGCUGUUUGGUUGAUGGAUCAUCGGAAAGGUCCUCAAGAUAGGUUCCGGCCACUUCUAUCAAGUGUCCCUGCCACCACAUUUGGUGCUGGCAAAAUAAAUAAUGUGCACAAGCCUAUGUUCUCACACAAUUCCUCUAUGACAACUAGCAGUAAUGCAAGCUCUGAGCAUGGUGCCACUUUUGGCCCUUAUGUGGAAAGCGACCAAGAGCAACAGGAUCUUAUUGGUGAAUGGGAAGCAGAUGACGGCCUUCGAGUUCAUGAGGACAUAUUUAUGUUUGAUAAGCUGGAUGAGUUGAAUGAAGAAACCAGUUUCAAUAAGAACACAAAAUAUGUAGAAGAUUCGCCCAUCCAAGUAAAAUACGUGAAGAGUGAUAAACAUGACUUUGAUAUGGAAAGAUGGGCAGCUAAUCAAACGGCAUAUGAUGGUGCAAAUAGUUCUCAGGUUGGACAUGGUGAAAUGGCUACUUGCAGUAGAUGUGGGAUGUCUUUCAAUGUGAUGGAUUUGGAUGGAAAAGGUGACUCUUGCGAAGAAUGCUCUUCAAAGGUUGGAGGAUUUUCUGCAGACCGUAUGUUAUGGACUUCAGAAGCACAUCAACAUGAUAAUAAAAUUGUAAAUUCUGGGCCUUACGCUGAAUCUGAACCUUCUAUGGCCCCAGAUAGUGUAGACUACAGCAAACAUGCAUCUCUUGGAAAUCAAACGGUGAACAAUGAACCUUCAGCGGAUUGUACAGAAAAAUGUCCUCCAGGCCAGUUGAUGGUGGAUACAGACGAGGACAUGCUGCUGGGGCAGGAAGUAGUGAAUCAUGAGAAUAUGAGGCCCUAUCAUGUAUCUGACUCCUUGCUGGAAAAUGAAGAUGAUAUUUCAUUUAGUCGAUCUAGCGUGAGUAAUCAUCAACAAACAGAACCAACAUCAGCGGAGCAUGGCCCUUAUGGAGGCCAAAUGGAUAGUUGCAAUCAUGGAUUACCCCCAUGCCUUAGCGAGUCAAACUGCCAACAUAAUGAAGCUGUAUCUGAAACUGCAUUUGGUGAUAAUUCUCAUCAACUGGGAUCAAAUAUACAUCCGUUUCCAAAGGUUGAAAGUGCUGGGAUAUCGGUACUCUUACACCAGAAAUCAAGCAGCAACAAAUGGCCGGUCAUGGAAGGGAGGGCUCUAGCUGCUACUAAUAUUGUUUGUUCUGAACCAUAUUAUACAAGAGAUGGUAUAAAUAUGAUGAAACGUAGCUUUGGACGUGACAGCUCUUCAGCUUCUUCCAUUGAUUUAGGAUCUUCAAGGCAAUCAGAUGCACGCUUUGAGCGCCAUAGUAGCAGUAAGAAGGGUGACAUUGAGAAAGCUCAACUAAGUAGUACUAUGAGUCAUCAAAGCAUAGCUUCGGUGUCAGAUAUGUCAGUUAGUGGUUCUUCAGCUUCACUUUGCCAUCAGAGUGAUGCGAUUGAAGACACUUGUUCCCGAAUUGACACUUUGGAAAGCAGUGCUUCAAGAACUGUGGUUUCUACCGGAGAAGAUGGCUCUAGUAAGGAUGCUUUGUCAAAUGCUCUUGAGUGUUUGUCUACUGCACGGCCUAUUGUCAAUGAUGACAUCCCUGUUGACUUGAACUCCUCGAGCUUUGAUAGGUCGAGUGAGACAGAAGAUGUAAUUAGUAUGGGUAGGAUGGCUGACAACGAUCACUCCAGCACUAAUAUGUGUUUGUCAGAGAUGGAAGAGCCAAUUAAUGUUCAAGAAUCUUCAGCUGCCGAGGGAAGUUGCAUGCUAAAAACAGAUGAAGAUACUUCUGAUACCGUUCAGUGCUGUUUAGCUGGCACUCCAGAAUAUCCAAGUGAGGAGAACUUAGAUAACCUUAUAAUGCAGUCUCAAUCUGAAGUAGUUCAGGAUUCAAUUGAGGAACACAUAUUGGAUGAUUGUUGUGUUUCUGCCAUCUCAGAGGAAGAUGUGUUGGUUUCUAGGACAGGAACUAGCAUAAUAGAACUUCCCAACGAUGAAAAAUCACCUCAGGCAGUAGAAGGGUCGAGGAAACAGAUUCAGAGGUGCUUCACUUUAGAAGAAGCUACUGAUACAAUUCUCCUGUGUAGUUCUAUCGUUCAUGAUCUGGCAUACAAGGCAGCAACAAUUGCACUGGAGCACGAGCAAGAAUCAGAAUGCCCUCGACCAACUGUUACCAUCAUAGGGAAAUCCAUUCGAGACGAGGAUGGUUUCCUUAAGCUGCCCCACAGAAGAACCCCAAAUCGUAAGGUUAAAAGGAAAAGAUUGGAAGGUGAAACAACAACCAUCACAGAAACCGCUGAAAAAGAAUCCGUCGUCGAAGAUCCUUCACCUGCACGUUCUGCUUCAGGAAUCACAAGGGCAUCUGAUAAUAUGAAGCCUCCAAAGUUGGAAUCCAAGUGCAACUGUGUAAUUAUGUAAGUUACUUCAGGCAACCAUCCAGUAUGCCAAAGAGACAUGGGAUAUACACGCACGCAAAACCACUACUUUGCGCCAGCCUGCUUCAAAUCGCUAUCACCAACGGAUAGAGUUCCACACGUGUCUCUAGAUUAUUUUUCGAUGAUAGUGCAUUUUCUGUUUUUUAGGCAACAGAAUUGCACUGCGAGCUAUUCUUUCUGUAAAUUCUUUUCCCCCCUGUGUGAAAUUUCAUGUGAUCCACUGCGGUUUGUCCAGAUACUAGAUUAAAUGUCUCUAUUUUUAGCAUAUUUUUCUGCAGCGCACGUGGCUUGUAUGUAUGCGAUCUUAAGUGUCACGAUUCUCAAGACUGACCCAAAAGGGAAAAGUGUUCAAAAUUGUCUAAAAGUGAUCA